UUUUGAUUUGUAUGAUUCUCAUUGGCAUGGCUUUGGUGGAUUGUAAUUGCAUGCCUACAUGUUUGUGAGGCUUGGGCGAUGUCUUUGGUCUCGUAGCCCGUUCUUGCCAUGCUGUCGUUCCUCAAUGUCGGCGGCUACUGGGUUUGUUAGCGGUCCUGUGGUGCAGAAUGUCGAGGCUGAGAAGCUUUUCGGGCACUUGAAGCUAGCCUCGCACGACUCACUGCGGGGAGCACGAAGAGCUGCUUGUCCAUCAUGCGGCCAUACAUCUCAUACCAUCUGCAUGCACUGCUAUGUGCCGGUCGGUGGAGUUGUCUUUCCUCAAAUCGAACGCUUGCCUAUUCCAAUUGAUGUGAUUCGCUGUGUGAUAGAGGGCAAUCGCAGCACAUCUCCCCAUGCCAAGCUAGUCUGUCCCUCCAGCGUCACGCUUUAUGACUGGCCGGCUAUUCCAGACUAUAAACGUGGUACAAAGGUGAUACUGCUGUUUCCUUCUAAGGAUGCAGUAAGCUUGGAGAACUUCAUAUCAGCCGAAAGACGAACAUUGCAGCCCGUGGCUGGAGAAAUUCCCUUUGACAGAGCUUUGUUUAUUGAUGGUACAUGGAAGCAGGCCAAGAGAGUAGCCAGGGAUGAGCGUCUUGCGAGCUUGCCCCGCGUUAUACUGGAGAACGUGGACACUACUUUCUGGAGGCCGCAGGGCGAGUUCGCCGCUAACAAUCUGGCAACAAUCGAGGCUAUCUACCACUUCUGUGUGCAGCUGCACGAUAUGACAUCUGGGACAGCACACAACGGUGAGUUUGACAAUCUACUCUGGCACUAUGUGCAUACUUACAGCCAUGUUGUCUCUACGCAAGCCAUUCGAAGGGCGGCAGCAGCCAGUGCAGCUGAAGACCACCAACCUUCUACAGCAGCUCAUAAAGUAGAAGAAGAAGAGUCCAGAGCUGCAGCACAGUAGUAACUGCCCGGAUGGAAGCUGAAGAAACGAGUCCUACAGUAGAUCCAAAGCAGGAUCGUAUACUGGACAUUCUUCCUGCACACUCGAGUACUAGUAUUUUCUUUUCAGCAAACACUGGUCAAUUAGAACUUUUUUAUUUUUAAAGUCUGGUUUAUCAUGAUCUUCCAGAGACUAACAUAAGAGCGUUACAGGAAAUACAAAAUCCAUUCGUAAA